UUCCCUCGGCCUCUUUUCAGGAACAAGAAAUAGAAACAGCAGAGUGCACAUCAUUAAGGAGGUCCGCUCUGAUUAAAAUCAUGUCUGACGCGGAAGGAGAUGAUGUGCCUACAACAACCAGUGUUGGCGAAAUGGACGUAAACACCGCUCUUCAAGAAAUCUUGAAGACUGCCCUGGUCCAUGAUGGUCUUGCCCGUGGUUUACACGAAGCAGCUAAGGCUCUGGACAGGCGUCAGGCUCAUCUUUGCAUCUUGGCCAACAACUGUGAUGAGCCAAUGUAUGUGAAGCUUGUUGAAGCCCUAUGUGCUGAACAUGGCAUCCAUCUUUUAAAGGUUGAUGACAACAAGAAACUUGGAGAAUGGGCCGGUCUCUGCAAGAUAGACAAAGAAGGGAAAGCCAGGAAAGUUGUUAGCUGCAGUUGUGUGGCUGUGAAGGAUUAUGGAAAAGAAGGCCAAGCUCAUGAUGUCCUGAUGCAGUAUUUCAAGUCCAAACGUGGCACCUAAAUAUGGCAUUGACUUGUUUGUUUGCCAAAUGAAUAAAAAAAUGUUGAUUUGA